CCUUGGGGGCGUGUCGAGGAGGUGGAUGAGAGGAUGUCCAUCGCGGUAGUUUCAGUUUCCAGGAUGCAUUUGACAAGCUAACGCCUCUCCGCUCGUGUCAUAUCCCGGGGAAGCGAGCAGGGCACGCUUUGACGGAUUUAUUCGCAGGUAGGCAUCCUGGCACGGAACAUGAACAUGGCCGCGCUCCUCCCGGAGGUUCGAGGACUUCAGACGGACGAGGAUGAAUCCAGAAUCUUAAGGGUGAAAGUCAUUGGUGGAAUUGGUUUGGCUAAGAAGGACAUUUUGGGUGCCAGUGAUCCGUACACAAGAAUCUCUCUCUAUGACCCCGUCAGUGGAGAGAUCACCAGUCUACAGACCAAAACCAUCAAAAAGACACUGGAUCCGAAGUGGAAUGAGGAAUUCUUCUUUAGAGUGCAUCCUAGGAGACAUCGUCUGCUGCUGGAGGUGUUUGAUGAAAAUCGUUUGACGAGGGACGACUUCCUCGGACAAGUGGAUGUUCCUCUGCACCAGAUCCCUACAGAAAAUCCUAACAAUGAAAGGCCGUACACAUUCAAGGACUUCCUGUUGCACCCGAGAAGUCACAAGUCGAGGGUGAAAGGUAAUCUGCGACUGAAGAUGACGUACCUGCCCAAAAACAACGACACAGAGGACGACCCAGCUGAACAGAUCGAGAGUCUGGAUCCUGGUUGGGAGUUUUUGGAGCCUCAUGAAUUAUGCAGUCCUCAGCAUCCUCACCAGCUGCCUGCGCUGCCCCCUGGCUGGGAGGAGAGGCAGGAUAACCUGGGACGAACCUACUACGUCAACCAUGAGAGCAGGACCACCCAGUGGCACAGACCCACCAUCCAGGACAGUCAAAGAGACAAUGAACAGAGACAGGAAACACACAGCGAGUCUCAGCGGGCGUUCCUCACACGCAGACAAAUAUCAGAACACGGCGAGAACCACGAGCGCAGAGAGUCACCUGAGAGCUGGGAGAUCAUAACGGCAGAUGAGACCACGCUUUAUAACAGCCACAGCGAGCGCUCGCCGCCGCCCCCCCACUCCCCGAUGGAGUUCACGGGAUUCUGUGAGGAGUUCAGCAGACUGCAGACCGGGAACGACAGACGCACGUCCCUCACGCCGCAGGUUCACGGCAGCCGCAGAGGAAGUGGACAGACGCUGACGGUGGAAGAGCAUCCUGUUCACCCCGUGUUAUUACCCACGUCUGGCGGGCUGCCUCCGGGAUGGGAGGAAAAGCAGGACAGUAAAGGGAGAAUGUAUUACGUCAAUCACAACAGCAGGAUAACAACCUGGACACCGCCUCUCAUUCAGCUCAUACAGCCGCCCUCUGAGGCGGCAGCAGCAGCGGUGGCAGGCGGAGUCUCGUCUCUCUCCCAGAAUCCCUCGGGCUACGCUCCGCCCCUGCUCUCCCCGGAUGUGUCGCCGCAGCACACACGCGCUCACACACCGGAGCACGCCGGACCGAUGCCGGCCGGAUGGGAGGCGCGCAGCGCUCAAAACGGACGCCCCUUUUUCAUCGACCACAACACUAAGACCACCACAUGGGACGACCCCCGGCUGAAGGUUCCUGUGCAAGUGAGGAGGAGAGUCUCCCUUGACCCCACUGACCUCGGCCCACUGCCGCCUGGUUGGGAGGAGCGAGUACAUAGUGACGGCAGAAUCUUCUACAUCGAUCACAAUACAAAAACCACACAGUGGGAAGAUCCAAGGCUUCAGAAUUCAGCCGUCACUGGUCCAGCCGUGCCUUACUCCAGAGACUAUAAACAGAAGUAUGAGUACUUCCGCAAGAAACUCAAGAAACCGGCCGACAUCCCGAACCGCUUUGAGCUGAACGUGAGGCGUAACGCUGUCCUGGAGGAUUCAUACCGGCGCAUUCUGUCCGUCAAACGCUCGGAUCUGCUGAAGGCCCGCCUCUGGGUGGAGUUUGAGGGGGAGAAGGGGCUGGACUACGGGGGCGUGGCCAGGGAAUGGUUCUUCCUGAUCUCCAAGGAAAUGUUCAACCCGUAUUAUGGGCUGUUUGAGUAUUCUGCCACGGAUAACUACACCCUACAGAUCAACCCCAACUCAGGUCUGUGCAAUGAGGACCACCUGUCCUAUUUUAAGUUCAUCGGCCGGGUGGCUGGGAUGGCCGUUUAUCACGGGAAGCUGUUGGAUGCAUUCUUCAUCCGGCCCUUUUACAAGAUGAUGCUGCAGAAGCCAAUCACGUUACAGGAUAUGGAGUCAGUGGACAGCGAGUACUUCAACUCCCUGCGAUGGAUCUUGGAGAACGACCCCACAGAUCUGGACCUCAGGUUCACCGUCGACGAGGAGCUCUUUGGACAGAUGCACCAGCGUGAGCUGAAACCAGGAGGAGCUGAUAUUGUGAUCAAUGACGCCAACAAAAAGGAGUAUAUUCAUCUGGUGAUGCAGUGGAGGUUUGUAGAUCGGAUCCAGAGGCAGAUGACGGCCUUCAGGGAGGGUUUCUACGAGCUGAUUCCUCAGGACCUGAUCAAGAUCUUUGAUGAAAACGAGCUGGAGCUGCUGAUGUGUGGUUUAGGAGACGUGGACGUCAACGACUGGAGAGAAAACACGAAAUAUAAAAAUGGCUACAACCCAAAUCACCCCGCCAUCAUCUGGUUCUGGAAGACGGUGUUGCUGAUGGAUGCAGAAAAGCGAAUCCGUCUGCUGCAGUUUGUGACGGGAACAUCCCGCGUACCGAUGAACGGCUUCGCUGAGCUGUACGGAUCCAACGGGCCGCAGCUGUUCACUAUUGAGCAGUGGGGCACGCGGGACAAACUGCCCCGAGCGCACACCUGUUUCAACCGCUUGGAUCUCCCUCCGUACGAGACGUUCGAGGAGCUCCGUGAGAAGCUGCACAUGGCCAUCGAAAACGCUCAGGGCUUUGAUGGAGUGGACUAGACUCCGGCUGCCACGGCAACAGCGUAACCAUGGCGACAGCAUCACGGGGCGCACACGUGUGCAUGCGGCUCUGCGGGAAACGAGGUCGGGCUGCGAGACGAUCCGGCGACCACGGCGUUAUAAAAUCACAAAUCUGUAUGUUAACGAUGUUUACAAAAUAAGGUUUUGUAAUGUACUCCUGCAUACAGCUGUAUGUUUCUACGUACGAGAUCUCUAAACAUCUAUGCAUUUGAGCAUAAUUAAGGAAUUGUAUAUUUCUACUAUGAGCUUUUAAGUCACGCAUUAUGGAUGUGCACCGUUUGGCUGAUGAGAUUUCCCAAAAUGCACAAAAUGAGACCAUUAUUUUUUUUGGCGAUCUGUUCAGAUAAUGUCCUUUCUUUUGUUUGUUUGUUUUCGAGCUGAAAUUCAAACGUAUCCAGGCAUCAUUAGUUGUACAGAUCAUGCGCUUAAUCAUGACUUUUUCUCACUUUGACUUUGUUUACAGGUUUUUUUGUUUACUUUUGAAAACCAUAUGAUUGUUAAAAUAAUUUUUUUGUACAUCUUUUGAAGGUUGAAGCACUUUUCUGAAAACAAACGUUUCGAGUCUUACUAUGUAUAGAUCACCUCAGUCAAGCUGUAUUGUGACAAAUCAUUGCUUUAUAUCAUUUACUGAAUGUUUACAGCAUAAAUAUUGCUUAAAGUAAGCAUAUUUUGUCUCGCAAGAAACGUAUCGGACUGUUAAAUAACUUUGCCUUCGUUUUGUAAUGUAAAACUAUUUGAUUCUGUGUGCUGACGAGCAACUUUUAAUGAAGAAACCACUGCAUUCUACAAAGGUUUUUGGCACAGAUUUAGAGUGAGUUUCAGAAAGGGUUUUCUAUCAGAGGUUUAUGAGCUAAAGUGUCUUUCAUUUUAAUGUAAAUUGUGCUGACUUUAAUUGUCACGCUGAUCUUUAUGCCUACGUGUUUUUGGAAAAUUAAUAAAAUGAACACGACUCUUCCGA